CACUACUGUCAAACGGUGUCAAAUGUCAAAGCGUUGGAAUUAUAAAAGUUGUUUAUGCGUUGUUGGUUGAUUCCGAAGCCCGCAGAUGACUUAAAUCGCAAUGGCCACUUCCAAAACCACGAAUACGUACAAUAGGCAGAACUGGGAGGAUGCGGAUUUUCCGAUUUUGUGCCAGACGUGCUUAGGCGACAACCCCUACAUACGAAUGACUAAAGAAAAAUAUGGCAAGGAGUGUAAAAUUUGCUCAAGACCUUUCACAGUAUUCCGGUGGUGCCCCGGUGCUCGAAUGCGCUUCAAAAAGACCGAAGUUUGUCAGACUUGCAGUAAACUGAAAAAUGUUUGUCAGACGUGCCUCCUAGACUUGGAAUACGGGUUACCAAUACAAGUGCGCGAUGCGGCUCUCAAAUUGAAAGACGACUUGCCCAAGAGCGAUGUGAAUAAAGAGUAUUACAUACAAAACAUGGAGAGAGAGCUCCAACGUUCCGACUCUGGUGUCUUAACCAACAAAUUAAACGAACCAAAUGACUUGUUAAUGCGUCUUGCACGCACAGCCCCCUACUAUAAACGAAACAGGCCCCAUGUGUGCUCCUUCUGGGUGAAAGGCGAAUGCCGACGUGGUGAAGAGUGCCCCUACAGACAUGAGAAACCCACAGACCCUGAGGACCCUCUAGCUGAUCAAAAUAUUAAGGAUCGCUAUUACGGUGUCAACGACCCCGUAGCCGACAAACUACUGAAACGGGCCGCCGCCAUGCCGGCGCUGCCGCCCCCAGAAGACAAAACCAUCACCACUUUGUAUAUUGGCAAUUUAGGCAACCUCACAGAGCAGGAUAUCAGGGACCACUUCUACCAAUACGGCGAAAUCCGCUCCGUGAGCUUAGUCCCUAAGCAACAAUGCGCUUUCGUCCAGUACACGACGAGAGCGGCGGCGGAGACGGCGGCCGAAAAAACUUUCAACAAGUUGAUACUAGGGGGGCGGCGGCUGACUAUUAAAUGGGGGCGGUCGCAAGGCCGCGCCGGUCCGUCUAUUAAUCCGGGAUUGGAGGCCUACGAGCCCGUGCCGGGGCUACCAGGGGCGUUGCCCGAACUCAGUAAUAAUUUCUUCAAUCUGGAACCGGGACACAUUCCGUUACCGAAUAUGCCGCCGCCGCCGUCUCUCAUCGUGCCGCCUAUGUUCGGGCCGCCGCCGAUGCCCCCGUUCUUCUUCAAUCCGCCGCAGAUCUCGGCGUACGUGCCGGCCCCGGCGGCGGCUAGCACCAGCACGGUCACUAGUGAGGCGGCGGCGAAAAGUGCCGUUCAUUACCCGAGUCAGGAUCCGUCGAGGUUGGGGGCGACGCAGUUACAUGCGGAUAGGCAAGAGUAGGGUUUUUUACUAUGAAGGUGUAAACUUUUUUAUUAAAGUGAUUAUGACAUG